GUUAUCUGCAGCUGGGUAGCGACAGCAACUUUUGGCAACUCGCAAACUCGGUUUCUCGGCCCAACACCUCAGUAUACACCACGACAGGAAAGAGGGAGGUUGGCGCCCUCGUGCCGCAUCUCCUCUAAAAUGGCUGACUCAGAGACCUACCAGGGUGACCAGGGCAUGGUGCAGCGGCCUGCCUCCCCUGCACCAGCUGAUUUGUGGUCCACCCUCAAGAAGGCACUCUUCAUCAUUGGCUCCAGCACCAUUGUCUUUGUGGCCCUGCGUAACAGCUUGACCUAUCACCUGCAGCACUUCUGGGGUGCAUCAGGUGAUUUCUGGCAGCACCAAUGGGACAAGAUCCUCCACACCUAUGGAGACAACCCCUUCACCUUCAUGGUCUAUGGCACCACCAUUGUGUCCUAUGUCGUGUACUGGACAGUGGGUCUCCUGUACACCUUUGUGGACAUGACGGGCUACCCGGCUAUCCUCAAGCGCUACAAGAUACAGCCUGGUACAAAUGAGCCUGUAGAAACCUGGAAGCUGAUCAAGUGCAUCUUGUGGGUGAAUUUCAAUCAGAUCUUCGUGGGCGUCCCCUUCAGCAUGGCGUGUUUCUACCUGCUGCGGCUUCGGGGCUGGGACGAGUCACGGCAACUGCCCACCUUCCACUGGGUCAUCAUUGAGCUCAUCAUUUGCAUCCUGAUGGAGGAGAUUGGCUUCUAUUACUCCCACAGACUGUUCCACCACCGAAUGCUGUACAAACACUUCCACAAGAUGCACCAUGAGUGGCAGAGUCCCAUCUCCAUCACAGCCAUCUACGCCCACCCUCUGGAGCAUGCCCUGUCCAACAUGAUGCCUGUCUUCCUGGGGCCACUGCUCAUGGGCUCCCAUGUGGCUACCAUCUGGCUGUGGGUGUCCCUGGCCCUCCUCAGCACACUCAACGCCCACAGUGGUUAUCAUCUGCCCUUCUUCCCAUCCCCUGAGGCUCAUGAUUUCCACCACCUCAAAUUCAACCAGUGUUAUGGAGUCUUGGGUGUUCUGGAUCUCCUUCACGGCACUGAUGACAAGUUCCGAGCCUCCAAGUGCUUCUCCAGGCACCUCUUGAUGCUGUCGCUGGUGCCACCACGUGAGGCCUACCCUGAUGUCCUGCCCAAGGGGAAAGUGAUCCGAGGCAAGCAAUGUUAUGAUCAGCCCUCUGAAGACUCGCAGUAGAGAGAGAAGUGUCUUGUGGGGUAUUUAGGGAGAAGGUAGAGGUGAUGGAGAUGGUGGUGGUGGUAGAAGAGGAGAGGAAAGCAGUGGUUGAGAAUAAGAAAAGGUGGGACGGAAGAAUUGCAAGGUAAGUGAAAGCAUUGAAAGAUACUUUGAAGAUGAGAUUUGUAUAAUUUAAGGAAGGGAAUUAUUUAAUUAUCAGGGAUAGAAUUAAGCCAUGAAAUGUUUAUGAGGAAAUAAUGCAAUUAGCUUGUAGUUAUGAAAUAUACUCAGAAAUGUGAUUUUUAUAUUAAGAUAUUGGAAAGGUUGUUAGUGACCAGAUUAAAUCAAGAAAAUAAUUGGCAGGUUAAGCUAUAAGGGUUGCAGAUAUUUUACACAAGAUAUUGUUGCCUAAGAAUGUGAGGUCUCAUGCAAAUAGAUUUAUAGUUAUCAUUUUGUUAUAGAACAAAAAUCAGGUUGGGUGCAAAAGGUUUGCAGUGUCUUUUAUGAGGAUAGCUGUCUGAAUAUGUUGUUUUCUUGUGAUUGAAGCCUUAGAGUGAUCCGAUUACAAGGGAUAUGAUCAAGUAAGGAAGAGAUGUGCUAUGAGUGUUUAUGUGAAGAUGGUUGCAGUAUGUAUGAAAGAUUUGAGGGAUUUUUGUUAAAAAUUGAGGUUUUCGAAUGAGUUGGUUAUUAGUACGAGUAAGAGGACUGUUGUAUUUUUUGCUCUAUAAGGUUUUAUCAUUAAGAAUACCUUCAAAGCUCGCUCUCUGCUCUGUAAGAUUGAUUUUUUGGUUUAUGGAAAAGGUUAAUACAUAUAACAUCUUCACCCACUUUACUGUAAGGUGAAGUUCUACCUGUGUGAAAAUUUGAUAACGAUGCCAAGCAAGUUUUCAGAUUAAUUAGCAGCAACUUCUCUCUUACCAUGAAGUUAUGUAUCCAUGUGUUUUACAAGGAAAAAAAAUGCAGUUGCAAUAAGAUCAUUGUUACUGUUUUUAUAAGGGUUAUGGGAAUGCCUUUAGGAAUCCAUCAGCUGCCAUUCGGCACGUUUGUGUUGGCAUUGUGGUUCAGUCCACACUGCUUAGAGCAAACCUUGUGGCAUUUAUACAUUCUUCCACCACCACUCCAUGUUUGCAUUUAGAAGCUGUAAGGAGAAACUGUACAAUGAUAAUUGGUUUUAUCCUUCAGUUUCAAUUCAAAAUUGACAAGUAAGGAAAUGACAACUUGGUGUGAGGUCAACAUUUGGUUAAGUACACCAGUAUUUUGUGCUUGCAGUGAUUGGCUUCCAUUAUGCACUGCUACAAAAGUUCUAGUCCAUUUUAUUUUGCCAGAGUUGGCUACUGCCAAGGCAAAUGCUCUCAUCAGUCAUACAGGGACAUCAGCACAAGUAACUUGUUGCUCUGGGCUUUACUUUGCUUAUAUAUCAAAGUUACUUCCUGCAGAUAGGAAGUACAGGGUGUCCCUUCAAAAAAAUGUUUUUCAUUUAUUCACUGUUUAUGUUGUGGUUAACAAAAUUUCUUUCUUUUCAGGUUGUGUUCAAAACAUAAUUUUUUUCCUGAGAGAAUAAUCAGCCUAGCUCAACUAUGACAUUCCUGGUAGAGCAAUGAACGAAAAUUGGAAAAUUGCAUCCAGAGACAAAAUCAUUAGUAGAGACUCGGCGAGAAUGUCAAAAGCACUUUGGUCUUAGAGAUCUCCAUCCAUACCACCAAUCAAGAAAAUUGUUAAGUUUGAAAGUCAUGGAACUCACCAGAACUUCCAUCGUGGAAAUUCUCCUUAAGUUUGUACUGAAGAUCAAUUUUCAUUCUUUGCUCAACUGAGUGUCAUAGUUGAGCUAGGCUGUAAAACUCUCAGGAAAAAACGGUUUUGAACACAACCUGAAAAGAAAGACAUUUAGUUAACACAGUGCAAGUAGUGAAUAAAUGAAAAUUCUUUUUUGAGAGACCUUGUAAUUUAGUCUUUCAAACAAGGCCACAAGGAAAUACUGUGGCGUGUACUGGCAGGUACAUUUUAUACUUUUAUUCAGUUCAUGUGAAUUUCUAUUAUUCAUUUAAGUGAAGUCUUAUUCCCAGCUGUUUUUACAUUUCAGUGUAUUAUGCAACAGUAUAUCAUGUAUUGUAAUCUUAUUUUAUGUAUGUAUUUCAUUCAGGUGGAUUUUUUUUUUUUGUUAAGUUAAGGCCCAUCCACACAGCAGGCAAAUGCAUGGCGGGCAGACACUGUUACCAAUUUUGUGUGCGGAUGGCAGUCACGAGUGUAGAUGACGUCAUAGACGAGAAAACCACGGGCAAACCAUCGAAGUGCCCGUGCCUGUGUCUGUUGUUGAGACACUGAAUAGGCUCGAGACUAAGAAUCACGUUGCCAGAUACACGAUGUUACAAGUCAACACAUGCCCUCCAUCGGUAUCUGUAUCAGUUGUCAACUAGAUGGAGUGAACUCAUUGUCUAUCCAGCAUGGAGAAGUGGACAAGGGAAGCAACCCAGCAUUUAAUAGAUUUAUACAGAGUUCAAUGUAUUUUCAUUGAAGUGACUGUGGGAAAAAUAACUAACAUAACUGAUAUUAUUAUUCAUGAGUAUAGUUUGUGAUUGUUGAUGUCCUAGUAACUACUACUACUGUUGCAGAGUGUAAACCCUGAUGUCAUUAUCUCUGCAAUAUAAUAUGAUGGGUUAAUAGUUUUAAUCACUACACACAUUACCUGCAAAUACUCAUCCUUCAGUUCGUCAUAUAUAGCUUGACAGGUGUCUGGUACUAUUUGUGAGAAACUCUGCUUUGAAAUUCGUGUAGAAUAUUGGAGUGAUGAGUAGCUGGCUCCAGUGCUGAGAAAUAAGAGGGUUGCCUCCAGUCGAGCUAAUGCAGAUAUGAAAUCCCUCAUAUUGGUGUCUUGUUUCUCAAUCCGAUGUUGUGCUUUUGCUAGAAGUCUGUAAAAAGUAUCUGGGUCCAUUCUCAUAUAGUGGUGAAAGUCCCUGUGAUGAUCACUUUGUAAUUCACAUAAAAGGGUCACGUGACUUCCCAAUGUUGCUCUAUUUUCCAACCAUUUCUUACACCAUUGUUUCUUCUCUCUCCUGUCCUUUUUCUUCUUGCACAUAGCAAUAAUUAUUGUACACAAAGCUAUGCGUUCAGCUUCAACUGUCCAGCUACGAUUUUUACGUCCCAUGUUGUUGUACCGAACACCCCGCUGGCUGACGUUGCCUGGUACAGCUCUGACUGCCCUCUGCCCGCCGUCUGACCCAAGUCAUACGUUCGCCUGCCUGUACCUGCUGGCUGCCUUAAUUGGACAGUUUGAUCUGGUAACAGUGUUUCAAUGCGAGAGAAUUACGGACAAAUCAGAGUGCCCGCCAUACAGUUGCCUGUCGUGUGGACGGGCCUUUAGUAUUGGUUUUACAUAAAAAAAUGCCCUGCAAGGUGCCUGCAGUUCCCCUUUUCUCCUUAACUGUCAUGUAGUGCUGCUGUGAUGUUAACACAAUGCUUCCCAUAAUCUGUUUUCCCCAAAUGUUGGAGAAUGUCUUCCAAACCUUGACCCCAUUACAGUUAACAGGCCAAAUGUUUAAUGUGUUUGGAAUUCAAUGUUAAAUGGUUUUUCAGACUAGUGGGGUUCAUAUAUGGAGACUUCUGAUGGAUGGAAAGAAAACAGUUUAGGGUAUUGGGUUGUGCUCCACAAAUCUUUCGUAACUGAAGAUAUGCUGGUUAUUCAUGAAGCUGUAUUGUACAUUUCUCUGCACUGCCUUGCAUUGCACUGCAGACCUAAUAUAUUUGUAACUCACCGGCUGUCAUACCCAAUGCUCAUAGGCAGCGUAAGUAAGAGUCUCUUGGCAGGAUUUAUUGACCAGAACUGAGCAGUCUGAGCCAAAGUUAAUCACUCAGUCAGUCAGUCAACUGAUGUACUACUGCCAUGUGAUCAUAAGUUUGUUAAUGGUUGUAAUUUUACUGUAAUCUCACACCUGCAGUCAUUUAUUGGGAUGAAAAUGGAUUUCAAUUGUCUUCAGUAAUAUUUGUGUGGGUGUAAUUAACAUACAGUAUUUCUUAGAUAGACUUGACUUCUGCAAUUAUGCUGCCUUUCAAGUAUUUAUUUUAUAUAAGAUAGAAUGUCAUAAUUGCAAAAGCCAUGAGAGAAAAUCACUAAGUUCUGGAAGUACAGCAGUAGUGAAUGAAUGCUCUCUUUUGUAAUUUAGUUCAGGUCUGGGUUUGAUUUUGCAGGUGCUUCUUCAGGGGAUCAGUAAGUUCAGUGCUGGUGUGCUGUGUGUCAGGCUGUGCACUCCUCACCAGACUUCCAGUUAGUGAGCAUUGUUGUCUGCAUGUCCUGGUUCACACAGCUUGCUGCCACCAUAAUUUACUGUGUUCCCCUGAUGAAGUAACUGUACAAACUUGCUGGAAUACACCCACCUUUUUAUACUCAUUUCCUUUCACCUCCUCAAAACACUGACAUUACAGCAGACUAAGAAACUAAAUUACACAGUACAUUUACACACUGCAAUUGAAACAACACACAUUUCCUUUCUUGGUCAUCCUUGUAUAGAGAAAGGACAAAGGCAACUGAAAUCCACUUUGACUUUGGUGACUUUGGUAGUUGUUUUGGCCUGGUCAGUAAGGUGUGAGACAUAUGUUGUGUCCUGCCUGAGAUUUGAUUCCCAUGGAAUACCUCAUGCUAGUUUUCCCAUCUUUAAAUUGAUUUUCCUGCAUUUCAUUGAAACAAUGAGAAAUAUAUCUGCAGAUGGGAUAACUUGGCAGUGGGGAUCAGAGCUCUAGCAGGACAAACAAAUCCAAAUCAAACAUCUUACAGAUCAAGCUAAGAUGAUCACCAAGGCCAGAAUGGAUUUCAGUCACCCUACAUUUGCAGCAUCAGUGCCGCUGCAGGCACUCACCACCUGAGACUGCAGACAGUUUAUCCCAUCCAUCAUCACUGUGUACAUAACUUGUUUAUGUAUCUAGCACUGGUAGUUGCACUUCAUUAUUAUAAAACUAUAUUACAAAUUAAUAAAAUAUUUACACUUA